UGAGGAGCCAGGCUGCAAAACACGUUGCACUGUGGAGUGUCUUUUGCCCUCUUGAUAACCUUGCUUGUUACGUCUUUGAGGGGCCUAGCUAAAGGGGGGCUGGGCGGACGACCUUUAGUGGCCCCUUCCCAAACUGGGGUCCUGGAACUGCAUCUGCGUGAACAGCCAGUUACAAGUGCAUUUAAAAUACUUGGUUCCGGCGGAGGCAGUGAAUUCGGUCUGCAGGUCCCGCCCUCUCCUCAUACUCAGCCCCACCCCCGCCCAAGUUCACUUUUGCUUCAAACCUGUAAGAGGCCUUGCCCUGUGAGUUCACAGUCUGUAUGUAGCGGGUUGUCCUUUCGGAGAGACACACUUGUUUUUAGACACGUAAAUUGUAACCCCAUUGAUCCCCUAAUUUCCAUUAUCCAUUCGUUUAUCAUUUCAAAGCUCUAUUCUUGUAUGUUUUCUUUUAAAACCCAGAACCCAGUUGAGACGAGCCUAAUUUCUAUAGUGCAUUGGAGUGAUCACAUUGAUUUACCUUAGCAAGUCAUUAGACUGGGUGGUUUUGGUUCUUAUUUCUGUAUCCAUCCUGCCUAUCAUGGUGUCUGGCUCAGCAGGCACUCCUGAAUGAAUCAAUGAAUGAAUGAAUGAACGAACAAACGAAGGAACCAACGAAUGAAAGGUUAAAGAAAGGCAAGCUUGAAAAGGACUUACCUGAUGCCUGUUUUACUCUGCAUAUAUAGAUUUUGUUUAAGUUAAGGGUUAAUUUUAUUUUUGCCUUUCACAAUUUCUUCGUUGUACCAUUGCCUUCCUUAUAAAGAGGAAUCUAGGAUAUGUUUGCAGUGAACUUAAUGGGUCUUUUUGGAGUUCCUGAGCUCAGCACACCAGAGGGCUUUUAUAUUGCACAAGAAGAAGCCUUGAGGAAGACAGAGUUGCUGGUGGAGCGUGCAUGUUCUACCCCACCUGGGCCCCAGACUGUGCUGAUCUUUGAUGAGCUCUCUGAUGCUUUGUGCAGGGUGGCUGACUUGGCUGAUUUUGUGAAAAUUGCACACCCCGAGCCAGCAUUCAGAGAGGCUGCGGAAGAAGCCUGUAGAAGUAUUGGCACCAUGGUAGAAAAGUUGAACACAAACGUGGAAUUAUAUCAAAGUUUGCAGAAAUUACUCUCUGAUAAAAAGCUUAUGGAUUCCCUUGAUGUAGAAACCAGGCGAGUGGCCGAACUGUUUAUGUUUGAUUUUGAAAUCAGCGGAAUCCAUCUAGAUGAAGAAAAGCGUAAAAGAGCAGUGGAUCUUAAUGUUAAAAUCUUGGAUUUGAGUAAUAAAUUUCUCAUGGGAACCAACUUUCCUAACAAGAUUGAGAAGCAUCUCUUACCAGACCACAUUCGCCAUAACUUCGUACGUGAUGGGGAUCAUGUGAUAGUUGAUGGUCUACAUGCAGAAGCACCAGAUGACUUGGUUCGAGAAGCUGCUUAUAAGAUUUUUCUUUAUCCCAAUGCCAGUCAAUUGAAAUAUUUAGAAGAAUUGCUAAGCAACAGAGACCUUCUGGCAAAGUUAGUAGGCUAUUCUACAUUUUCCCACAGGGCUCUCCAAGGAACAAUAGCUCAAAAGCCAGAGACUGUUAUGCAGUUCCUUGAGAAACUAUCUGACAAACUUUGUAAAAGAACUAUAAGAGAUUUUGAGAUGAUGCGACGGAUGAAAAUGAAACUAAAUCCUCAAAAUUCUGAACUGAUGCCUUGGGAUCCCCCUUACUACAGUGGUGUGAUUCGUGCAGAGAGGUAUAAUAUCGAGCCCAGUUUAUAUUGUCCAUUUUUCUCCCUUGGAGCUUGCAUGGAAGGCCUGAAUAUUUUGUUUAACAAACUGUUGGGCAUUUCAUUAUACGCAGAGCAGCCUGCAAAAGGAGAGGUGUGGUGUGAAGAUGUCCGAAAACUGGCUGUCGUUCACGAAUCCGAAGGAUUGUUGGGGUACGUUUACUGUGAUUUUUUCCAGCGAGCAGACAAACCACAUCAGGAUUGCCAUUUUACAAUUCGAGGAGGCAGGUUAAAAGAAGAUGGAGACUAUCAGCUCCCAGUUGUAGUUCUUAUGCUGAAUCUUCCCCAUUCCUCAAGGAACUCACCCACCUUGUUAACUCCUGGAAUGAUGGAAAAUCUUUUCCAUGAAAUGGGGCAUGCCAUGCAUUCUAUGCUGGGACGAACUCGGUACCAGCAUGUCACUGGGACCAGAUGCCCCACUGAUUUUGCGGAGGUUCCAUCUAUUCUGAUGGAGUACUUUUCAAAUGAUUAUCGAGUGGUUAACCAGUUUGCCAGACAUUAUCAGACUGGGCAGCCAUUGCCAAAAAAUAUGGUGUCUCGGCUCUGUGAAUCUAAGAAAGUUUGUGCUGCUGCUGAUAUGCAACUUCAGGUCUUUUAUGCCACUCUGGAUCAGAUCUACCAUGGGGAACAUCCCCUGAGGAAGCCAACCACAGACAUCCUUAAGGAAGCACAGGAGAAAUUUUACGGCUUACCCUAUGUUCCAAAUACCGCCUGGCAGCUGAGAUUCAGCCACCUUGUGGGCUAUGGUGCCAAAUAUUAUUCUUACUUGAUGUCCAGGGCUGUAGCAUCCAUGGUUUGGAAAGAAUGUUUUCUACAGGAUCCUUUUAACAGGGCCGCCGGGGAGCGCUAUCGCCGGGAGAUGCUGGCGCAUGGUGGGGGCAAGGAGCCCAUGCUGAUGGUUCAAGGUAUGCUUCAGAAGUGUCCUUCUAUUGAUGACUUUGUGGACGCCCUUGUUUCUGACUUGGAUCUGGACUUUGAAACUUUCCUCAUGGAUUCUGAAUAAUGGAAAUACCUUGGAUCUUUUCAAAGUCUUGUCAAUAUUAACUUUCUUAUAAAUACUAUUGCCGUGAGAACUCAUUUCUGAUUUCAGUAUUCGCUUAUGUAAUAACUCUUUAAACUUUAAAUAACAAACCUUAAACUUAUGGAACUUUAAAUAAAUAACUUGUUUGAAUUAUACUAGCUUUUCACCUGUUUUGGCAAAUUUUAGAACAUAUGGUAAUCUACUCAGCAAACUAGUAAAAACUGCACUUCUACAUGGAGUUGAUAAAUGUUAAAGUUCAGUCAUUUCUGUAUUGUGACCAUUUCCCCUCAAUAUCUCCCCUUCUUGUUGAUUUUUAGUUGGUUAUAUUAGAGACUUAGUUAAAAGCAUAAUUAGUUUAGUUUAGGACAUAGGUUCAAACAGUCUUCAGACGGAUCACACAUAGUUUUUGGAGAAUAAUUGCCAUUUCUUAAGACCAUUAUAUUAAAGAACUUGUGAUUACUUGCAUUGACUUUUCUGAGUCAGGGACUCAGGGACUACACAGAUGGACUCAGAACUGAGAGGUGUUGAACUCAUACUUUUCUGGCUUGAUUUUGAAAGUACCAUUAAUGUGCAUGCCAAGGCCAAGCACCAGGUACCCAGAGAAUCCAGGAUUUAAACCAUGUCUGUCUUUAUCCAGAACCCAGCUGCUUUCCUCUGUUGCAUACUGUGUUAUUGCAUACUUGUUAAUAUCAGGAAAGAAAC